GCUUUCAAGAUUUUGCCGAGCGACUUUGCUUUGACUCGAGAGUCCGCGAAUGAGUCCCGCGAGUGCCUGAGUGUGCGUGUGUCUGAGAGUGUGGGAGUUUAAUUAAACCUGGUCCAGUGGAAGUCCGAAGCGGAAUUUAGCAUUAGCAUACUGCAAAGGCAACAAAGUGCGAAUCGAAUAAGAGGAAUAUUUCAACAUCUUCGCUUCUGGCCAUAUUCGUUAGCUGCUAACUGUGUUUCUGUGUUCCUCCUGGCCCGCCCGCGAUGCCUGCCAAACUGAUAUCAUCGUCGUUCCACAGUACGCCCCUCAACGACUGCUUUAAAGUGGGCGCGUUUGAGAGACGUUUGGAUGCCCUUCUAGCCGAUCUGCAGAACAGUGUUCCGGGUCAACCCCAACAGCCUCAGCCCCAGUAUGGAACCGUGCAACCGAAGCAGCAUCAGCAGCAGCAGCAGCAGCAGUUCGUGGACAAUACACCAGGCUAUGGCAGCCUCAGGGGCAAGGCCCAACCGCAGGUGUACCAGGAGCACUAUAGCGCAGAGACGCGCUCCCCAACGGUAGGCGACUUCAAUGGCUCCUCCUCCAUUCCGAGCAACGGCUACCCGAGCCAGGGCGUGGGCUCCCUGCCACGCAGGCCCGCAGCCUCGGCGGUGGGGCAGAACAGCUCGGGGUUGUCGGAGCUGGACUCGCUGCUGCAGGAUCUGCAGAAUGCCCGCUACAACAACGGAGGAGCGGACAAGGGACUGAAGGAAAUCGAUGUGCCAGCCAACUACAGCACGCCAGUCUCUAAGUACAAUACGUUCAACAGCUAUGCCACAGUCGAGGAGCGCCCCACCAUGGACAGCCUGCUCAACGAGCUGGACAACGCCCACAUCUACGCCGUGCCCAAUGGAUCUGGACACAAGUCCCCAACGCCCGGACGCCAUGUCACCAUCACAGUGCGCGAAACAAAGACGGAGAAGCUGACAGGACCCGACGGUCCAGUUGGCUCGCUGGAGGAGCAGAUUGUGCAGCAGAAAGAUUCGUACACACAGAACAGUGUCGCACCGCGGCCUCACCACCAGCACCAGCAGCAGCACCAGGAAUACACAUCGCAGGCCACCAAGGAACUAGACGACCUGAUGGCAUCGCUAUCCGACUUUAAGGUCAGCGUCAACGGAAGCAGCAACGGAACGAACGGCGCCAGCGGACACUACCCGAACUCGAGCCAGCAGCAGCACUCUUCGACGGUGCAGCACCAGACGGUAACGGACUACGCCAGACCGAACAAGGGCAGCCAGCAGGCACAUCUCACGCAGACCAUCGAGGAGACGACCAUCGUCGAGGACAGUCGCGAGGACCAGCUGGAUUCUAUGCUAGGGAACCUACAGGCCAACAUGAGUCGCCAAGGAGUCAACACAGUGCAGAAGGGCUGCUGCAACGCGUGCGAGAAGCCGAUCGUCGGCCAGGUGAUCACCGCCCUGGGCAAGACCUGGCAUCCGGAGCACUUCACGUGCAACCACUGCAGCCAGGAGCUGGGCACCCGCAACUUCUUCGAGCGCGACGGCUUCCCCUACUGCGAGACGGACUACCACAACCUGUUCAGCCCGCGCUGCGCCUACUGCAACGGCGCCAUCCUGGACAAGUGCGUCACCGCCCUGGACAAGACCUGGCACACGGAGCACUUCUUCUGCGCCCAGUGUGGCCAGCAGUUCGGCGAGGAGGGCUUCCACGAGCGCGACGGCAAGCCCUACUGCCGCAACGACUACUUCGAGAUGUUUGCCCCCAAGUGCAACGGCUGCAACCGGGCCAUCAUGGAGAAUUACAUCUCCGCCCUGAACUCGCAGUGGCAUCCGGACUGCUUUGUCUGCCGGGACUGUCGGCAACCCUUCCAGGGCGGAUCGUUCUUCGACCACGAGGGCCUGCCCUACUGCGAGACGCACUACCACGCCAAGAGGGGAUCGCUCUGCGCCGGCUGCUCGAAGCCCAUCACUGGACGCUGCAUCACGGCCAUGUUCAAGAAGUUCCACCCGGAGCACUUCGUCUGCGCCUUCUGCCUCAAGCAGCUGAACAAGGGCACGUUCAAGGAGCAGAAGGACAAGCCCUACUGCCAUGUCUGUUUCGAUAAGAUAUUCGGUUGAUAGCCGGUCGGACCGCAGCUGCCAAACUAUACAAUAGCUAUGGAUAUACACACAUAAUACUGUUUUUUAUACGAUUUACGACCUUGUCCCCGACCCCGACCCACACCCAACCCAACCCAACCCACGCACUACCCACACACAAACUUGCAGUGCAUUGUAUAACCGAGUCAAAUUAGUAAUUUAAUUAACGCAGACCGAGAUGGAGGGACGAAACGAUGGAAUCGCCCUGCAAUCGUGAUCAAUUAGCGCGGACACUAAUCCAAAUCAAUUAUGUCAGUCACUUAGAUAUUUCUACUCUUUCAACAAACACACAGAAUGACCACAGAAUGAUAAUAAACAAAUGAGAAAACUAAGAAA